CCCGCGGUCUGCAGGGUUUCUCAACUCUGCCGCCUUCUUCCCCGGGCUCUUCCUUGCUCUCCUCCCACGCCCUCCCCCUUUGCCCGCCGCCUGGAAUGAAGAUGGUGGCGAGCGUCCGGGUGCAGAAGCUGGUUCGCCGGUACAAGCUGGCGAUCGCCACGGCGCUGGCCAUCCUGCUCAUCCAGGGCCUGGUGGUGUGGAGUUUCAGCAGCCUGGAGGAGGACGAUCAGGGAGAGAUUCAGCAAAGAAAGCCCCAGCUUCUUGAAAACAGUGAUGGGUCAAAGGAUUCAGAUAGUUCUGCAGGCCGGCGAGGCAGCUUGAACAGGAAGCACGAAAGGUGGAAGAAUCGUCUGGAUAAUCCUGGCGUGCUGGUUGCUAAAGUGGUGAGGGCGGUCACAGUGAAGCAGGAACUGAGCCUCCAGCUGCCAGUCUACUUGGAUGUGUCCAGUCGAAGGAACCAGACACAGCUUAGAAGGGAUGCCCAACUGGCCAUGUUCCAGCACGGAGACACCGGCAGUGUGGAAGGGGCCCCGCAGCCUACGGACAACAACUUCACUCCCAAGUGUGAAAUCACAGGCAAAGAUGCGCUGUCUGCAUUAGCCAGAGCUAGCAGUAAGCAGUGUCAGCAGGAGAUCGCCAAUGUGGUGUGCCUGCACCAAGCUGGAAACCUGAUGCCACGGUCAGUACCCCGGCAGUGCCAGCUCUCAGGGAAGGUUAGUCCUGUGAUCCAAUGGGAUGAGAGCAAAAUGGUCCGGGCCUCCAUGGACAAGCCAAUUCGAAUUGCAUACAUGCUUGUGGUUCAUGGGAGAGCCAUUCGCCAGCUGAAGCGCCUCAUAAAGGCUGUGUAUCACCAGCAGCAUUUCUUCUACAUACAUGUGGACAAGCGUUCUACGUACCUGCACCGUGAAGUGAUGGAGCUGGCCCAGCAUUAUCCUAACAUCCUGGUUACUCCCUGGCGCAUGGUCACGAUCUGGGGUGGGGCCAGCUUGCUGAAGAUGUACCUGCGCAGCAUGAAGGACCUGCUGGAGGUGACAGACUGGGCCUGGGACUAUUUCAUCAAUUUGAGUGCCACCGACUACCCUACCAGGACCAAUGAGGAGCUGGUGACAUUUCUAACAAAAUAUCGGGACAAGAAUUUUUUGAAGUCUCAUGGACGAGAUAAUGCUAGGUUCAUCAAGAAGCAGGGCCUAGACAGACUUUUCCAUGAAUGCGACUCGCAUAUGUGGCGACUGGGUGAACGGCAGAUCCCAGAGGGUAUCGUAGUAGAUGGUGGCUCAGAUUGGUUUGCCCUAACACGCAGUUUUGUGGAAUAUGUGGUGUACACCAGCGAUCAAUUGGUCUCUCAGCUGCAACAGUUCUACACAUACACACUUCUCCCAGCAGAGUCCUUUUUCCACACUGUCUUGGAGAACAGCCGUGCCUGUGAUACCUUGGUAGACAACAACCUCCGGGUGACAAACUGGAACCGCAAGCUGGGCUGCAAGUGCCAAUAUAAGCACAUUGUUGAUUGGUGCGGAUGUUCCCCAAAUGACUUCAAACCACAGGAUUUCUUGAGACUGCAGCAACUCUCCAGACCUACAUUUUUUGCCAGGAAGUUUGAGUCAACCAUCAACCAGGAGGUGCUGGAAAUCUUGGACACUCAUCUCUAUGGUAACUACCCAGCUAACACGCCAGCCCUCAAGGCCUAUUGGGAGAGUGUCUAUGACCAUGUGGAUGGGCUGAGUGGGUUCAGCGACGUCAUCCUGACUGUGUACACAUCCUUCUCCAGGCUGGGGCUACAGAAAAUGAUCUCUGCAACAAUCCAGAAAAAAGACAGGCCAUGCAGGUUUGAGCCACAGGGUUUUCCAUCCAGUGUCCACUUGUAUUUUUAUGAUGACCAUUUCCAGGGCUACUUGGUGACUCAGGAAGUUCAGAAUUCUGCAACUCAACAGAUGGAGUCUCUAGAAAUAUGGAUGAUGCCCCGUGGGACUCUCAAAUUAGCAGCUAGUGGCAAGUCAGCCAACCGUUUGCAGAAUCUUGAGGUAGGUACUGAGUGGGACCCCAAAGAAAGGAUCUUCCGCAAUUUUGGUGGCCUGAUUGGGCCCUUCGACGAACCAGUGGCCAUGCAGAAAUGGGCACGGGGACCCAACCUCACGGCCACCAUCGUUUGGAUUGAUCCCACCUACAUCAUCGCCACGUCCUAUGAUAUCACAGUAGAUGCAGAUGCAGAGUACACACAAUACAAACCACCUCUCAGUCGGCCCCUUCGCCCAGGUGCUUGGACCAUCCGCCUUUUCCAUUUCUGGGAGCCCUUGGGAGAGAGCCAGUUCCUAGUGGUCCCCCAGACCUUCAAUCACAAGCAGCCUCUCCGGAAAGUUUCUUCCUCUGUGUUCAUUGUGGCCAUUUUGGUGCUGCUGCUCCUUUUGUACCACCGGGACCCUCUGUGCUGCCAAUUUCUGUGCUCUUGCCGACUCUUCCAGAGCCCUAGUCAAUAUGAAUGUCCUCCUUCUUACUUCAAUAGCAACCAGCGACUGGUAGGAUCCCAGUCUGGAGCACAGCGAAUGGAGACAGGUGCUGCUGAAAACCAUAGUGUCCAGGGGGAUGAAUUGUUUUGUGUUGGAAGCCCCGGUAGCUAUCAGCUUCCCCAGUGGGAGCAGCCUCACCUACCAAGCUAUGAGAGUGUACGAAAAAAGGAUCGGCAACGGGAGAUCCACCAGAUGAUUGCUGAUAGAUUUGGAUUAUGGGCAGAAGUCUCUCCAGAGUCACCACCCCCUUAUGAACAGGCCUUGAGGUAUCCUGCCACGUUGUCAAGAACCGGAGUCGGCUCAGAGUUAUCAACCAGGCAGAGCUUGCCAGACAUGUUGCAAGCUUCUCCCACUUACCAGACUCAGAGGACCACUUCGGUGUAGGCUGGGAAUGAGUCCUCCACUCUCCACGGCACAGACUGGGCAAUGCUUUCGUUUCUGCAGGGCAAUCGGCCAAACCUUGAUGCUGAGGAAAUGGAAUGAAACUCUCCGGCAUUGUUGCAAAGCAAGCCAUCCCCCCACCCACCCACCUUACAAUUACAGCUUUGGGACUGCUGUCUUGAACUAAUUCUUGAAGACAGAAAUGUACUCAUCGCAAUGGAACAAAUUGCUCUAGGGAACAAAGCCACUGAACCUUCCCUCGUUGUUUUUUUAAAGAGACAGAGAAAGGCUUCUCGUUCAAAGACCACCUUCAGAGAAUGUACAGCAGCUCUUCCCCCAUUUUUUAAAAAAAAUACCUCUGUUAGAGCUGCCAAACUUUCAAGAUAUUUACCUGAACAUUUUCUUCUUUUAGCUGUCAUAGAACUAUAUCCACAGGACACAAUUCAAGGCUUUAAGUGACACGAUGAAUGUAUUUUACCCUCUGGCUAUUUUCAUCAAUCUACACCAGAGAAUGAACUCUUUGGACAAAUUCUGGUGGGAUUUGUUUUUCUCCUUCUGAAGAAGGGUGGGAGCCAUUUUGCAAAUCCGGACACAUUCAGAGAUUAAGCAGAAGACAUGCCUGGCAUUUAUGCCUCAUGUUUCCCCAGUUGAAAUACAAAUAGCCUGUUUUGUAGCCAAGCCAUAACUGAUUAAAGGGUUACCUGUCAAAAUGUAGAAAUCUCCCUGGAAGGGAAGCUUUAGCUAUUUUCAUGUAUACCGGAAUUGUUUAUUUUACUUGUCAAGCUGGAGCUCAGACAAUCGUGAUAAGCUUAAAUCUGUUGUUUGUUGGGGACAGAUUUUUGUUUGUUUCUGUUUGAUCAAUAAUCACUCCAAAUGUUCCUAAUGCCAUCAAUGAAAAUUAAUCUAAUUGGAAAAUGCUUGGGAUUUCUUCUACAGUCUAACAUGUAAGCUACCAGAAUGAAGUUACUUAUUUACUCUUUCCUGUCUGUGAGAUUGAAAAGAACAGAUGUGAGUUCAGGUAUAUUUGUAUUCAGGUUUUAUUUUAAGGACAGUUGAUGUAACACUUGAUAUGGCUAACACAUAAAGAGGUAGCUUUAGUAAAUUUUUGUUUCUGUGCUCCUAACACACACACACACCCAACAGUGUACUUGUACUACUGUAUUUCACAUUUAAAGGCAAGCAGGCUUUUCUUUAACAGCUUGGUUCAUACAUUACCUGAAACCUUUGUUUUACCCAUGGUUUGUUGGAACAGGGCCAUGACCCAAUUAGCCAAAACCAAAGAAAUCACACUGCGGCUUAGCAUGCUGUAUUUAUACAGCUAAUUACUGUCUUGAGUUCCAUAGCCUCUUGAAUGAUUUACUUGAACUUUAGUUAGAACUACAGCUACGUAUCUGUAGGUAAAAAACAGAAGGAAAUGAUGGCGAUUAGGGAGUGGACAUUGCUAGCACCAAUGGGCCUCCAGUUUGCUGGCUUCACGCACUGCAUAAAGCUAUAAAAGAGCUUCAACUCAGAUUGGAACAUGAAGCCAGUCACCAUGAUCUAUUGAAUAAUCACAUUUUGGCUUGUUGGGAUAUGUGAAGUCAGCCAGACUUAUUUUUACGUCAGAUCUUGAGAGAGAAGCAAAUCUGCUAAAACAACUCACCUCAUCUAGUGUUAGCCGUGGCAUUCAUUGACUGAGUUCUCAGAACACUGUCAAAAUGCGGCUUGUUUGCUUUGGGAUCAGUGGGACUUGUGAAUCUGAUGAUUGUGCAUUUGUCAAUGAAACAUGAAAAGAAAAAUGUGCCUGUAAUGCAUAUGAAAGCUAGCACUAUUGCAUUUCAUAUUUUAACUAUGUACAGUACAGGCUGAUUAGACCGACUAUUUUCCCAGUGAAGACAAGCCCUAAAUUUACAAUAUAUAUUUUUUUCAAUCCAAAAAGCAGGGGCCAACAAAGUAUGAGUCUGGCCGAAUAGUGUGAUUUGGAAAGAAAUGGGCACCCUUGCACUCUUCAGAUGUUUAAACUCUUAACUUCUUAGGCCCCAGCAAAUGUGGCUAACGGUCAAGGUCAAGGAAGGUUGUCACCUAUGCACUAGAACUGUAUGUGGCUACCUGAAGGCACAGGCAUUAAAGUUUUCAGAUUUCACGGGUGAAAGCAAGCUGAAACAAAGACCUUGCCAUGGAAUUUCAUCCCAUCCCUUCUCUAAUUUUGAUUGUCUACUUUAUGCUAUGCUGUGGGCCGUUUCCCAGGUCACCUGUUUCAGUUGGUCACAGUGACAAAUAUAUCUAAGGUCUGGAAUUGCAAUGUCGUAUAUUUAGGACAUGAUUUUUUUUUAAUAGUGGCAAGACAGUCACUACUGUAAAAUAAUUUCAAAGUAAUGAGUCUUAACAGAAAAAUUAUCUAGAGACCAGGUUCCACCCAGGUACCAUAAGCCAAAUUUGCAAUUAGUCUAAACAAUCAAGUAAUCUUGCUUCCUCCUUUUGUUACAAUAAAGUUUGAAUUAUGUAUUGUUA